AUGUCAUCAAGAAUAGUUAAAAAACGCAAGCAAACAACAACCGUGUAUAAAGUUUCAGAAAAGGGGGCGAAAAUUAUCAAGCUAGUAAGAAACAUAGAGACGACGACUGCCAAUGACAACAUUACGCCUUUUGAAGUUCGCCAGACGCAAUCAGCAAACGUUGAUCCCCAACCAACGCAGUGCGUAGACACUGACGAUGAAGAUGACGAUGUUGACGGUCAGCCAAGACGUCAAAGUGCUGCUGCCAAGCGUGCAGUGCGUUGGGCUGGCCUUUUCCCCGGGUUAGUUAAGGCCUAUAAAGAAGGGUAUAAGCAAGCGCCGGUCCCCGAGGCACUCGAGCCUGUUGAAGCAGCGAUGUGUGGUUGUGAUGAUGAUAAGAAAGCCAGUAAAGAGGUUACUUGUAUCUUUAAAUGUGUUUUGAUGCGUCGUCAUAUGUUUCCUUUGACGCCGCAAAACCCUGGGCAUGCAGUGCAUAUAAAACUAAUGCAGACAAUCCACAAUCUGCAUUAUAUUUGCCGUGUCUCGGUGCACAGCAUCGCCAAGUGGGCUGAAGCCGAUUUUGAGGAAGAGGUUCCUGCGUCGUUCAAGUCUCGCUUAAACGAUGCACUGCCGGUUUUUGACAGAACUCUCCUCAGCCUCAAGAAGCAGCCCUGCGUCUAUACCUACGUUUUAAGUGUUUUAAAGAAAGUGACGGAUACUAAAACGUAUGGCAGCAACAUACGUAUUAUGUACGAUGUGGAUUGCAAGCUGCGAAGUACCUUAAAACGUCUUUUGUUCUCUAAUUUUAUGUUCUUUCAGAAAAAACCAUCGCUGAGAGAUAUUGAAGAUGCCCCCAUCGCAGUGGGCAUUUUUCUUAUCACUGGGCAUAAUUUUACUUGCCAAGUUCACUUCCAUCCUCGUCUGGUUAAAGGCUUUGGCAUGAUCGAUGGGGAGUGGCUAAUUGAGGAUCAAAAAGCACCAUUUAGAAAAGCAGAUUGUCUUGGCUCCUAA